GGAAGUGGUGAGACGGAGGAGGAGUGCCAGGCCGAGUUCAGACCAAUUGUGCAAUUGGAAGAAGUCGAGCGCGUCUCUGGCGAGGAGGGCGAGAAGACUCUUGCUGACUUCAAGAGCAAGCUGUACCGCUUCGACAACGACUCUGGGGAGUGGAAGGAGCGUGGCAUUGGGCAGGUGAGGCUGCUGGAGAGCAACGACACCGGCAAGAUCCGCCUGCUCAUGCGCCAGGAGAAAACCCUCAAGAUCCGCGCCAACCAUUUCGUGAUGCCCGGCACGAAGCUGCAGGAGCACAGCGGCAGCGAGAAGGCCUGGGUCUACUCCACUGUCGACUUUGCCGACGAGGAGCAGAGGCCUGAGCUCUUCUGCUUCCGCUUCUCCAGCAUAGAGAGUGCGCCCCUCCUGACUUUUUAA